CCUCCCCUGCUGGAGCCCGGAUGAGGAAGUGAAGCGCUGACAGGGCUGGGUUCCGUCAGAGAGUCGAAGCAGCACCGCGUCCAGAUACACCGAAGCAGACCCGCACAGCGAACCGAACCGAGCCCGCUUCAUCCCCGCAGAACCGAGCCCGAGAGCCGCAGACAUGAACGAGCAGCAGUUGGACUGUGCGCUGGACCUGAUGAGGCGUCUGCCUCCGCAACAGAUCGAGAAGAACCUCAGCGACCUCAUCGACCUGGUGCCCAGCCUGUGUGAAGAUCUGCUGUCGUCUGUGGAUCAGCCGCUGAAGAUCGCUCGCGAUAAAGUCGUGGGUAAAGACUAUCUGCUGUGCGACUACAACCGCGACGGCGACUCCUACAGAUCCCCCUGGAGUAAUAAGUAUGAGCCCCCGAUCGACGACGGAGCGAUGCCGUCCGCGCGGCUCAGGAAGCUGGAGGUGGAGGCCAACAACGCCUUCGACCAGUACCGAGACCUGUACUUCGAGGGCGGGGUCUCCUCCGUCUACCUGUGGGAUCUGGAUCACGGGUUCGCCGGAGUCAUCCUCAUCAAGAAGGCCGGCGACGGCUCCAAGAAGAUCAAGGGAUGCUGGGACUCCAUCCAUGUGGUGGAGGUGCAGGAAAAGUCCAGCGGCCGCACGGCCCAUUAUAAACUCACGUCCACCGUCAUGCUGUGGCUUCAGACCACCAAAACCGGCUCUGGAACCAUGAACCUGGGCGGCAGCCUCACUCGACAGAUGGAGAAAGAUGAGACGGUCGGUGAAUCUUCCCCUCACAUCGCCAACAUCGGACGCUUAGUGGAGGACAUGGAGAACAAGAUCCGCUCCACUCUCAAUGAGAUUUACUUCGGCAAGACCAAGGACAUCGUGAACGGCCUGAGAUCUAUCGAGUCUCUCCCUGAUAAUCAAAAGUACCGUCAGUUGCAGCGGGAGCUCUCUCAGGUUCUGACCCAGCGUCAGAUCUACAUUGACUAGGGAGCGUCCAGACGCUGGCGGAUAGGUCGAAGCAGGAUGCUCUGAAGAACGACCUGAUGAUCGCGCUUAGCCAACGCGGCAAACAGCAAAGCUAGAGACCAUCUCUCUCUCUCUCUCUCUCCACCUCACUUGUCUCUCUCUCUCUCCGUCUGUGGAAAACAAAUGAAAAAGGCUUUUUGUUUUUUUGUUCAAUGCACCUGUCUCUCUCUCUCUCUCUGUCUGUCUGUCUCUGGUCUGUAAUCAUGUAGUAUUAAAACAGUGCUGGUUGUUUCUGUCUGGUUGAUGACAUCACUGUGGGGGCGGAGCUUUUCUCCCGCCAAUCAGAAGAACACGUUUUCCAGGAGAGGCGGGAUAUAUAAAUAUAUAUAAAUAUACACACAUGUAUGUAUUAUGACCUUUAUCAUUAAUAUUGAUUUUGCUGUUAAUAUUAAACGUUUUGUUUGAAUCCACA